CCUGCCCACACCCCUGACAACACGCCCCUUCCUCCUUCCCUCUGUGCCCCCCAAACCCAAAGGCCAGAAAAAUAUUUCAGAUUCCGCUACCAGUCGCCAUCACUUCUUCCCUUUCUCUUCUCCAUCACAACAUCAAACACCUGUGUCUCCGCGCAACGCACCGUCGUCUGUCUAAUCUCAACCUCGUUUCUAGGGCACGAAGCUACCCUGAUCAAACUCCUCCUUAUUGCACCAGAGUUCAACCUGUUCAACUCGCAGCCAUCGUUUUCGAACGCUCCUCCACCACAGGUCCAAGUUCGAACGUCAUAAUCAAUCUAACCACCAACCUCAUCCACAUACCGCCAUCAUGUCUGCCGCCAACACUACCACCACCACCAACAACAUGGAUGCUGCCGUUAAUGACGUCGCAAACACUCUGAGCAAUACCUCACUCAACAACAAGCCUGCCGAUGACAAGACGGCCGCCAACGAGGCCGCCUCGGCCAGCGCUGCUGAGGGCCGUCGCCUCUACAUUGGCAACCUGGCCUAUGCGACAACUGAGGGGGAGUUGAAGGACUUCUUCAAGAGCUAUCUUGUUGAGUCUGUCUCGAUUCCUAAGAACCCCCGCACCGACCGCCCUGUCGGCUACGCCUUUGUCGACCUUUCCACUCCCACUGAGGCUGAGCGUGCCAUCGAGGAACUCUCCGGCAAGGAGAUCCUUGAGCGCAAGGUUUCCGUUCAGCUCGCUCGCAAGCCCGAGCCCGCUGGCGAGAAGUCAGAGGGUGCUAACGGUGAGGGUUCUGGUGCAGAGGGCUCUCGUCGUCGAGCUUCGGGACGUGGCCGCGGACGUGGCCGUGGUCGUGGAGGCCGCACUGCCCGCGCUGGCCGUGAGGGUGCUGAGAAGAAGGAGGGAGAGACUACUGAGGCUGUUGCCGCUACUGAAGAUGCUGCCCCCGCAGCUGCGGCUCCUGCUACCGCUGAGGUUUUACCAUUGACCGACAUCACAAACAAGAUCAACACUGACGCGAGCACCAAGACUAAGACUCAAGCUCGCCCCCAGCGUGAGCGCCGUGAGCGGGGCCCUCCUGCUGAUGGAAUUCCUUCCAAGACCAAGGUCAUGGUUGCCAACCUGCCUUACGACCUGACUGAGGAUAAGCUUAUUGAGCUUUUCAAGGCUUAUGAGCCUUCUUCCGCCAAGAUUGCUCUCCGACCCAUCCCCCGAUUCAUGAUCAAGAAGCUUCAGGCUCGUGGCGAGGCUCGCAAGGGCCGUGGCUUUGGCUUUGUUACUCUGGCUUCCGAGGAACUCCAGCAGAAGGCUGUUAACGAGAUGAACGGAAAGGAGAUUGAGGGCCGUGAGAUCGCCGUCAAGGUUGCUAUUGACAGCCCUGACAAGACCGAUGAGGAACAGCACGAGGGUGAUGCUACCAACGGCCAGAAGGAUGCUGCCCCUGCUACUGAGGCUACUCCUGCUGCCGCGCCCGCCCCUGCUGCUGGUGCCGAGGCUGCUGGUACCCCUGCUGCUGCCCCAGCUCCCGCUGCCACCAAGACUGAGGCUACCCCCGCCUCUACCACUCCUGCCACUACUGCUUAAAUUAUGGCUUGGCACGAAUUUCACGGGCAUGAACUGGGUAUGCCACGAUGAUAACACUUACGAUUUGGUACGCGAUUUUCACGAAUUUUUCUUA